UCACUGCGUAAGAUCUUAUUUGACAAAAAGAAUGCGAGGUUAUGUUCUGAAGCGCUAAAAUUUCCGAUGUUCGGAUGAGCAUUUCAAACACAUGUAAACAGAAUUAGCGUCGUUGUUAAGAGAGUGUUUUAGUCGAAGUUUUGAAACUAUACAGAAUUUUGGGAGUGAAAUAUGUCACUGUGGGUUGAUAAAUACCGACCAAAUUCUUUAACGAAAUUAGAUUACCAUAAAGCGCAAGCUCUUCAUCUAAAGAAUAUGGUUCAACAAGGUGAUUUCCCACAUCUCUUAGUGUAUGGACCAUCAGGUGCAGGAAAAAAGACACGUAUAUUUUGUUUGCUUCGGGAAUUAUAUGGACCCGGAGUAGAACGGUUACGAUUAGAACAUAUGAACAUCCAGACACCUUCAAACAAAAAGAUAGAUAUAACCACUGUGAGUAGCAACUAUCACCUGGAAGUCAAUCCAAGUGAUGCCGGAUUUCAUGAUCGAGUUGUAAUACAAGAGUUGAUCAAAACUGUAGCCCAGACACAUCAGCUGGACCCAUCUGGCCAGAGAGAGUUCAAAGUUGUGGUGAUUUGUGAGGCAGAUUGUUUGACUAAAGAUGCUCAGCAUGCUCUUCGGCGAACAAUGGAGAAAUAUGUAGCAACCUGUCGCAUCAUUCUUGUUGCUAAUACAAUUUCUCGGGUUAUACCAGCCAUUCGCAGCCGUUGUCUUGGUGUUCGUGUUGGAGCACCAAACAAAGAGGAGAUUAUUAACAUCCUUCAGAGUGUCUGCAGAAAGGAAGGUUUAUCUCUUCCAAAUGAACUGGCUGAACGAAUUGCUGUUCAGUCCAAUGGGAAUCUUCGAAGAGCCAUACUCUUUUUGGAGACUUGCAAAGUUCAACAAUAUCCAUUCCAGCCUGAUCAGAAAGUGGCAUCACAUGACUGGGAAAUAUAUCUUAAAGAUACAGCAAAAAUGAUUGUGCUGGAACAGUCACCACAGAAGCUUCUGCAGAUUCGCAGUAGGCUUUAUGAACUUAUGAUUCAUGGCAUACCGAGUGAAAUUAUUUUUAAGGGUCUACUUCAAGAGCUUGUUAAAAAUUGUGAUAUGCAGUUGAAGACUCAAAUUGUUGAAAAAGCAGCAUUCUUUGAACAUCGUAUACAUCUGGGCAGCAAACCCAUCAUCCACCUUGAAGCAUUUGUUGCCAGCUUCAUGGCCAUUUAUAAGAAAUUCAUGGAGGCAACUGUUGCAGACUUAUUUUAGUUGAAGGUCUUAUCAAUGUAUUUUAAUAAUCUGAUGUUUCAAGAUUGUCUGCAUCUCCAUCAACAGGGACUGAUGUGCUUCACAUUGGCUGAUAAACAUAAAUUGAGAACUAAUAUAGCCAAGAACUAGCCAACAGCAGAGCAGUGGGCAGAAGUGAUCACCCACUCCAAAACUGACAGAGCACAAUGUUGCUUCAGUGUGUGAAAGUGACAAAUAAUAUCCAUAUCACUAUUGACUUAGCUGAUCUGUUACUUAUCUUGGAACAAAUUUGAAUCAUAGGAUGCUACUAACUGGGUUCUAUGAUCAACUUAAGAGUGAAUCCCCUAUUUCUUAAUCAAUUGGAGUGCAACCACUGCCACCAGAUGAUCCACAUCUCCUGUAUCACAUAAGAAGUUUUCAUUGCAGUUAACACAGGCUUUCCUUGGCGCUGAUGUGUACCAAAUAUACAAUUUUGCAAGUUCAAGCAGAAAAUUUGUGCACCAGCUGUUAACGAUUGCACAAAUAUGCAGUAAUUUUAGUCACAAUUUAAUAGAACAUAAUUAAUACGAUUUUUAAUUUUGUCAGUCACACCUUUCCCAUACAGAUUUUAUACCAUUAAUGGUGUAGUGUAGCAAAAUGAUGAUUUAGUGCAACUGAUCUUGGGUCCUAAAACUAAUUAGAAUUGUAACAUUACUAAGAUUUAAAAUGUAAUAUUGUUUACUGAUGUUGCAUAUGAAGCAACUAACUGCAGGGGUGAAAUGUGUCUCUCACCAAAUUACAGGAAACCUUUUCACAACUGAAUAAUUAUAAAGGAAAUGAUGCUUCCACCAAUUUCAUGUAGUGAUUUUAUUUUACUUUUUUUGCGUGCUUUCCUUAUUUUGUGACAUGACCAGCCAUAACUUUUGAAAGUAUUUUUACAUUUUAAUGUGAUAGCUUCAUACCAGUUGUAGCUAGGCAUACGAAAGUUGAUACAUACCUCAAUUCUUCUGCCUUUUAGUAUUAGGCCACCUGGCAUGUUUUAUGCAGGACAAUACAAACACAGAAGAAAUGCAGACAUCCAUACCUCGUAUGGUAUUCAAACCCACUACAGUGUUUCAGCGGGCAAAGACAUUUCAUGCCUUAAGACUGCUUGGCCAUGAUCAGCACAGACCCCAAAUAUUUCUGCAAAUUUUGCGUGAAAGUCCCCCCCCCUACCUCCAUUUCUUAUAUAUUUAGUAACACGGAUAGAAGAAUUCAAAUUGCCCUGUUACAAUUUGCAUCAGCAAUAAAUGGACAUCAAGGCCAGUAAAUACAUGAAACUGCAAACUUUUUAAUAAGCUCUAAAAGUUUGUGAUGAUGGUAUAUUGCUACAAGUAUUGUAUUUUUGGACAUUAUCCAUUGUCUUGUCUAUUC